AUGUCUGAUGAAAAUGAAAUAACUCCAUUACUCCCAUUUACAUCUCAUCGAUCUCGAAGAUCAAGUAAAUGUUCCGAAAUCGAUGAAAAUGAAAUUGUAUCAUACGUUCAACAACGAAGACAAUCAAUAGCUUCAGUUGGUCAUGAUAAAAUUCCAAAAUCAUUUGCUUUACCAGUUACAACUGCUGCAACUGGUGUGACCUCUGGUGGUGUUGGUGUUGUCACUGGUGGUGGUACCAGUGGUGUCGCGUCGCCACGUUUAGCUCGAUCAAUUUCUCGAAGUUCAUUAAUUUCAGGAAAAUCUUAUUCUAUUAAUGAUAUUAUUGAAAUUCAUCAACAAGAAAUUGAUCCUGAACCGAAAACAACGAUUCUCAAUGAAAUUAAAGUCAUUAUCAAAUAUUCAUUACCUUUAAUUGUCACUUUUCUAUUACAAUAUUCAUUAACAGUAGCAUCAGUAUUUUCUGUUGGGAGAUUAGGUUCAACCGAAUUAGCUGCAGUUAGUUUGAGUUCCAUGACAGCUAAUAUUAGUGGAUAUGCUAUAAUUCAAGGUGUUUCUACUUGUUUGGAUACUUUAUGUGCUCAAGCUUUUGGAAGAAAAGAUUAUAAUUCCGUUGGAGUUCAUUUCAUAAGGUGCAAUUAUUUAUUAUUAUUACUUUAUAUCCCCAUGGCGAUAUUUUGGGUUUUCGGAGCUGAACCAUUGUUAGUCACAAUUAUUGGUCAAGAUUCCAUUGCCAUGUGUCAAUUGGCUGGAAAAUAUCUUCGAAUAUUGACGAUAGGAUUACCUGGGUUUAUAUUAUUUGAAAAUGCUAAACAUUUUUUACAAACUCAAGGAAUUUUCCAUGCAUCAACUUUAGUAUUGAUUAUAUGUGCUCCAUUGAAUGCAUUUCUUAAUUAUUUAUUAGUAUGGAAUAAAUCAAUUGGAUUAGGUUUUAUUGGUGCUCCUAUAUCAGUAGUAAUUACUAAUUGGAUCAUGUGUUUCAUGUUAUAUGGCUACAUUUUUUGUAUUGAUGGUUAUCAAUGUUGGCCUCAACGUGAAUAUCGCAAACUUUAUCAUAAGAUUUUUUUCAAACAUUGGAAUAAAAUGAUUAAACUUUCUGUUCCUGGAGUACUUAUGGUAGAAGCAGAAUGGUUAGCAUUUGAAAUCAUAACUUUCCAAGCUGCUAAAUUUGGUACCGAAGUAUUAGCUGCUCAAUCAAUUAUAAGUACCACUUGUGUCAUAUUUUAUCAAAUCCCCUUUGCCUUGUCAAUAGCUGCUGGAACCAGAAUUGCCUGGUACAUUGGUGCUGCUUCAGAAACAGCAGCCAAAAAAUCCACUUAUGCAGUAUUAUACGCUGCUACAUUUAUUGGUUUGUUCAAUUGUGGGUUCAUGUUAACUUUCCGUCAUAGUUUAGCAUCAUUAUAUACUGAAGAUAAUGCUGUUAUUGAAUUGUCUGCUAAAGUAUUAAUUGUGGGAUCAAUUUAUCAAAUUAAUGAUUGUUUAUCAUGUGCCACGGCAGGUGUAUUACGUGGCCAAGGACGACAAAUGAUUGGAGGAAUUGUUAAUUUAAUUGGUUAUUAUUUAAUUGCAUUACCAUUUGCUUAUACUUUGGCAUUUAUUUUCCAAUUUGGAUUAUUAGGUUUAUGGUUUGGAAUGAUUAUUGCCUUGAUUUUCGUUUCAUUUACACAAACUUUUUUUGUCAUUUCUAGUAAUUGGCAAAAAAUCAUUGAUGAUUGUAUUGAAGAAGCAAUCAUAGAAGAUGGGAAUUUAAAUAUUGAUGCUCAUUCAAUAUUACCUAGUAUGAGUAAUUCAAUUGUUGUGUAA